AUGAGCGGCGAAAGUUCUUUAUACGACAAGGGCAAAGAAGUCCGCAUCGCCGUGCUGGGAGAGGCACAUGUCCAGAGAUCCCUUGCAGCGCGACAAAGCGAGUUUGCAAAACCGCUGCAGGACUUCACUACCGAGUUCUGUUGGGGGAAAGUCUGGGCUCGCCCGGAACUCGAUCGCAGGUCGAGAAGCCUUGUCAACUUGGGGUUCAUGAUUGCCUUGCACAGCUGGCAUGAAUUGGCCAUUCACACCAAAGGAGCCAUCCGCAAUGGGGUGACGGAGGUCGAGAUCAGAGAGGUCAUUAUGCAGUCUAUGGUGUACUGUGGCGUACCUGCUGGUGUGCAAGCCUUGAAAGUGGCCGAGACGUCAAUCAACGAAAUGAUCGAAAGUGGAGAACACCAGAGACAGUUGAAGGAGAAGGUGUAA